UGGCGUAGCUACAAGUACGUCUGUACAGCCUCCAACUUCGUCCGGAAGACCCGUCUCUGCCCUAACGAAAUCACCGACCUGCCCAUCUGGCAUACCCUUAGCUGCCCUGCCAACACCUCUUUUGACACUCUGCACUCAGCCAUCCAGGUCUUCUUCGGCCAGGCCCGUACGCACUGCUACGACUUCGUAGUCAACGACCCGACGCACACCAUUCACUGCCAGAACUCGUAG